AUGGACACAACUUCAAACACGUCCAUCGUCAACGGUGACGCCUCCUCAAGCCGCGCCGCCGACCCCAACGAGACCCGGCGCCUCCAGGACCAACGCUUGCAACUCUUCCUCGGGGAUGAUGAAUCCCCUAACCCUAUGCUGCCUCGCACGACGACCUCCGACGAGCAGCACAAGAAGGAAAUGUCCGAAAAAAUCAACAAGACCAUGUCCAAGGCCCAGAAACGAGUGACCUGA